ACCCAUACACCAAAACCAAAAGAUGCGAAACCCAAAUUUCGUUCAAGCCUGACCACAGAGGAAUUUGGCUGUUCUAGCAAAGCUACAACUGAAUCUUCUCAACCCUCCAAACACCCCACAGGCCUUUCAUACUCACCACACGAGCAUUAAGCAUAGAGAGCCACCAGCCUUCUGUGCCCUUGAGUGAAAACAUGUGUAUCCGCGCGUGUGUAGCGUGAGAGAAUUGGGGACGAAAAUAUGCGUUUGUGAGUUGGUCGCUUGAGGAAGCUUUCAUUCACGAGUCGAGUUUUCGUGGGUACUGGAGAUCACCUAUGUGAGCAUCACUCGUUUCCUUUCUGAGAUUCUUUGGCCUGCGCCGUUGGAAACUUUGAUAUAUCCUUAACACAAUGGAUAACUCCCCGGAAAAUAAAGAACAACAAGUCUCAGAGGACACAUCUGUUUCUCCAGAAGACAGCCAAGAUGGCGUCGUUGCUUCUCAGGAACCUCAAACUGACAAAGACAACGACCUUCAAACAGACCAACUUCAAAAUUCUGUAGAUGCAGAUAGAGCUCUAACUGAGACUGAAUCGAAAGACGCAGACCCAAACAAGUCUUCCACGCAUCCUAUCACAAAUGUUCCAGAUAGAAAACCUCCAGGGGAUGACCCCGUCACAGAAAAUGAGACAGCAGCUAAAGAGACAGAAAUCCCUGACGUAGACAGCACAGGGGUUCCCAAAUCUGACGCUACAGUUGUGCCGGCCCUAACGUCGGAGGCGCCAAAAGCUGAAAGAGAUUCUUCACGAGCCACAGACAAACUUGACCAGGAGAUGUCGCCACCAAAGUCCCCGGGAAAGCCUUCUGAGGGUUCACCAAUGUUUAUUUACGUUCUGUCGGCGCUUGCCACUGUCGGUGGUUUUCUUUUUGGUUACGACAUCGGUAUAGUGGCUGGUUCUAUGCUCUUUAUUCAACCCUACUUCGAGCUAAGCACCUUCUGGCAGGAAGCCGUUGUGUCUGGCACUAUUGGUGCUGCGGCUGUUGCUGCUUUGAUGUCCGGCUGGCUCACUGACCGCAUCGGCCGCAAGCUGACCAUUAUGACGUCAAGCAUCGUGUUCACGGCGGGUGGCGUUCUGAUGGGGUCUGCUCCCACCAGGGAGGUUUUGUUGCUGGGGAGAGUGGUGGCAGGACUGGGAGUUGGACUGGCGUCAGUGGUUGUCCCCAUCUACGUGGCUGAGGCAUCUCCCACACACAUCAGAGGCCGCCUGGUGUCUCUACAUCAGAUGAUGAUCAACACUGGCAUUGUGGUCUCCAGCCUGCUCGCUGGUGCCUUCUCUUACGUCAAACCAGACGGCUGGAGGUACAUGCUCGGCAUGGCGGCACUUCCCGGCCUGGUCCAGUUUGCCGGCUUUCUCUUCAUGCCGGAGUCUCCUCGAUGGCUCGUGGGGCGGGGCCUGACUGAAAAGGCGGAGCUGGUGCUGAAGCGCAUGCGUGGCGGAAAUGACGUCUCGGAGGAGCUGCAAGAAAUUAUAAGCACCAUAGAGGAGGAGAGAAAGGAGAGUGUCAGCGGGAUCCAACACAUCCUGAAGAUUCUAAAGACCCAACAAGUGCGACGAGCUUUAUUUGUGGGCAGCGCGCUCCUGUUCUUCCAGCAAUGGUGUGGUAUCAACACUGUCAUAUACUACAGCGGUACAGUUCUGAAAAUGGCCGGCUUCCCAGUCAAGUCAGCUAUUUGGCUAGUGACGGUGCCCAAUGCCAUCAAUUUCUUGGCCUCCUUCAUAGGGCUAUAUCUUGUGGAGAAAGUCGGUCGUCGUCCUCUGUUGAUUGGGAGCUUGGCUGGCACUAUUCUGGGCUUAGUGAUCCUAGCCGUGGGUUUCCAGCUAUCCUCAGACAACCCGGCCAUCCUCAACAGUACUCUGGUGGAACACUACAGCAACGGCAGUCUCAUUGUCUCCUGUACACAGGAGUAUAGUUCGUGUGACGCAUGCGUCAAGUCUUCAGACUGCGGUUAUUGUUUCACUGACGUCACAUCCGGUUCCUGUCUGCCAGCCUACGACGAGAGCCGGUCGUCUGCCGGUCGGUGUCUGACGUCAGAUAGCACAAGCACUGAGAUGAAGUGGGCCUUUGAGUUCUGCCCCAGUGACUACACCUGGAUAGCCCUGAUUGGCAUGGGAGUUUUCGUAUUUGCCUUUGCUCCAGGUCUCGGCCCCAUGCCAUGGACCAUCAACUCAGAGAUCUACCCUCUGUGGGCUCGCAGCACGUGCAACUCACUGGCCGCCUGCUGCGCAUGGGUGUGCAAUCUGGUUAUCUCCUUCACCUUCCUCACCAUGACAGAGAACAUCACCAUAUACGGAACAUUCUGGAUGUUCGCGGCCAUCACAGCAGUGGGUGUGGCCUUCAUGGUGUUCAUGCUGCCAGAGACCAAGAACAAAACCCUGGAGGAAAUGGAGCAGCUGUUUAUGACAUCCGGGGGUCGACAACAGACACACGGCCAGAAGGAGGGAACCUCUAACGUAAAGGUGUCCAACUCAGAUCAUUCAUAGGUUCAGGAUCCCGUAGACGCUCCGGGUUCUAUUAUCGUAACAUAGACGGCCAGGCGUCCAUGAGUAAAAUCAAACACUAUGUUUUACCAACAUGAACAAAAAGUGUGCUCAUUCCAGCAUGCAAAAACUAAAGCGUGUACAGCUAGAUGUUAUAUUUAAUGAGAAAAUGUUUUUCUUAUGCCUAUUUGCUUAACUGAUACUGUUAAUUCAAAUAUUUCAAGGGAAAUCCGUAACUAUUUUUUAUAAUCUAUUUCACAUUUUUUGUUCUGAAUUUACAGGGUAUACAUCUCUGUUUCAUCUCUAUCAUCUCCAUUCUGUGGACAUGGUCUCCUGCUACUUUUUUUUUAAAUUUUUUUCUGUAAAGUGUUUUACGGCGCUCGCAAC